ACUGUUAGCAUCAUCUACUACUAUGAGUUGUGAGCAAAAUCUAAAUCAUACAAUUUAUCAAUGGCGUAUUUUGGUGAAUGGAUGGUACACUGAACAAAGUCAGAAAGUAAGCCAAAUAAAUACUGCCAAUGCCAACAAGAAGAAAAACAAACAAACUACUGGAAGGAAAAGUUAUGCGAGGCUGAGGAAAGAAAUGGAAAUACAAAAUGGAAAGGUUCCUGAUCGACUUACAUUUUAUGAAAAGACUCAUAAGAAGAAGGACGGCACAUAUGUUGAUGAUAAUAGUAAAGAGCUAAUGGAUAAAGCUAAGCAGCUGCAGGCAGAACGCAGUGAAGGUUCUAGUACGAAUUUAGCUAAAGUGAAUGAAGAUAUCUUUCAAGAGCUAAUGGGUCCAGAGCAUAAUGGGAGAGUACGUGGUUUGGGCUCUGGAGUCACUCCUACAAGGUAUUUUGGAUCGACUAGCUAUGAUAUUGGAGGAAGAUGCCAUAACACUACAAAUGUAUGUCAGUCAGAAGAGGUUAAAGAUCUUAAGGAACAACUACAUAGUAUGUCUAAAACCGUGGAUGCUUUAAAAGCGUUUAUCAAUAAGCAAUUUCCAGGACAAUGGACAUCUACAGGAGUUGAUAAUCAUCAGGAUGGUCAUUCUUCAAGUUAGUCAGUUUGGAAUUCAACUCAGUUUAGCAACAUUCAACAGGCACACCAUUAGCAACAUUCAGCAGGCAUACCAUUGUUUGCAGUGCGAUUAUCUAGGACAAUUUUUGUU